UUGCGCGAGCGCGAGUGGGUGUGCGCGCGGGUGUCCGUGUCGCUCUGUCGCUGUGUGUUCGUGACUCCAGCGCUGUGUGUAUGCGAAUCCCGCCCCGCCUGUGCACUUGCCUUUGCACGUGUGUCACUCCUGAACUUUGUGCCAAUGCAGGUGUGUGGCCUUGUGCGUGUCCCUGUGCAUGUGAGUCCCGCCCCGCAUGUCCCUGCGUUUGCCCGUGCGCGACUCCACAACUUUGUGCGCGUGCAGCUGUGCGUGACUCUCCGUGUGAGUCCGUCCCCUCAUGCAACGUGUUUGUACCCUUGUGCCUAGGCAGGUGUGAGUCGUGCGUGUGAGUCCGGCCCUUGUGUGUUUGCAUGUGGGUGACUACAUCAGUUUGUGCCCUUGUGAGUACGUAACUGUGCGUGUGACUCUGCAUGUGAGUACGUCCCCCAUGUCACCGUGUGUUUGCACGUGACUGAGCCUGCCGGCUGUGCCUGUACAGGGGCCGCAGCACGCAUAAUUGACUGUGUGUCUGCAUUUGGAGACCUGUGCCCAUGGGUAACUUAGGCGCAUGUGGAAUGUGUUCUCCUAGGUGGGAAGUGUGUGAUUCUACGUGUGUCUCGGUGUGCAGCUGAAUGCAGCGUUUCGAUGGGUGUGUCUGCCAUCCCGGAGCUGGCCAUUCUGUGUGCCUGAACGUGACUGUGCAUGUGGAGAUGUGGUCUGGACCCACUGAUGCAUGGUGGCCAGAGCAGGGGCCACAACUUGAGUGACACACACAGGAUCCGAUGCUCUGAAGACCACAAGAUCCAGGGACAAAGGUGUGAAAACAAGGCAGUGGCUCAGAAAGCAGCAAUGGAAGGACUCUCGACCGUGGCCACCCCCCAGGGCCCCGAGGUGGGGGAAACCCGGGAACAAGAGGGUCGGUUCAAGGACCGGCAGGAGAACCAGAAAAGCUGUUUGAAGCAAGAGGCCACGGCCCCCGGGGAAGAGCCCGCCAGGGACGGUGUGCAGGAGCGGGGCGAGCUCGGCGGGGUGCCGGGAACCGGCCCGAGUCCUCCCCUGCCCCGAGCCGGCGGCCGGCCCCGGAGGCGCGGCGCGCCCAGUAAGAACCCAAAGCAGAAGAGGGCGGGCUCCGGCGAGGAGGAGCGAGGAGGGGGCGGCCCCCGGAAGCCGUGGACGUGCGGGGACUGCGGCAAGGCCUUCAGCUACUGCUCGGCCUUCACCCUGCACCAGAGAACCCACACCGGCGAGAGGCCGUUCGCCUGCGCCGACUGCGGCAAGGCCUUCAGCCAGAGCGUCCACCUGACGCUCCACCGGCGCACGCACACGGGCGAGCGGCCGUACGCGUGCCCCGAGUGCGGCAAGGCCUUCAGCCAGGGCUCCUACCUGGCGUCGCACUGGCGCACGCACACAGGCGAGCGGCCGCACCGAUGCGCCGACUGCGGCAAGGCCUUCGCGCGCCCCACGCACCUGGCGCAGCACCGGCGCGUGCACACGGGCGAGCGGCCGUACGCGUGCGGCCAGUGCGCCAAGGCCUUCCGCAACCGCUCGUCCCUGCUGGAGCACCAGCGCGUGCACACGGGCGAGAAGCCGUACGCGUGCGCGCGCUGCCAGAAGGCCUUCCGCUUCUCCUCGGCGCUCAUCCGCCACCGGCGCACGCACACGGCCGAGCGGCCGUACGCCUGCGGCCAGUGCGCCAAGGCCUUCUCGCAGCUCGCGCACCUGGCGCAGCACCGGCGCGUGCACACGGGCGAGAAGCCGUACGCGUGCCCCGAGUGCGGCGCGCCCUUCAGCCAGAGCGCCUCGCUGGCCGAGCACCGGCGCAUCCACACGGGUGAGAAGCCGUACGCGUGCGCGCAGUGCGGCAAGGCCUUCACGCAGGUGUCGCACCUGGCGCAGCACCGCCGCGUGCACACAGGUGAGCGGCCGUACGCGUGCGCCGACUGCGGCCGCGCCUUCGGCAACCGCUCGCACCUGGCACAGCACCGCCUCGUGCAUACGGGCGCGCGGCCCUACCGGUGCCCGGAGUGCGGGGCGGCCUUCGGGCACGUGUCGUCCCUCAUCGAGCACCAGAAGAUCCACACGGGCGAGAAGCCCUACCGCUGCGGGGACUGCGGCAAGGCCUUCAGCCAGGGCUCGUCGCUGACGCUGCACCGGCGCACGCACACGGGCGAGCGGCCCUACGCGUGCCCCGAGUGCGGCAAGGCCUUCAGCAACCGCUCCUACCUGAUCCAGCACCACAUCGUGCACACGGGCGAGAAGCCCUACGAGUGCGGCGGCUGCGGCAAGGCCUUCAGCUUCUCCUCCGCGCUCAUUCGGCACCAGCGGACGCACGCCGACGGGAGGCCCUGUCCGCGCGCCCGCUGCGGCCACCCCGCCACCCCGCUGCCGCACCUGACGGGGUCCCCGGGCUCCCCCCGGGAGGAGGAGCCAGGCGGCGGCAGCGACCCCAAACAGAGUGCCACAGACCGGCAGAAGGACGAGCUGAUGCCUAACGGGGACCUCUGACCCCGCACCGCGCCCGGCACUGUUCCACCCCGCUUCCGACCGCUCGGCACCAAGGGGAGGCACCUUCUCCUCCCCGACUCUCUCCGUGAGUAGACCGAGGCUCAGGGAGGCCCGGGGACUUGCCCAAGGUCACACAGGGAGGAGGUCACAGGGCCGGGACUGGACUCCGCAUCUGCCGGACUGCCCCUCCCCCCAACACACACAUUCUGCCUCCUGGUUCGGAACUAUAAAUGCGACCCACGAAAGUGGACCCAAAGAAGUGUCUGUGCGUCUCUAGCUAGCCUUUGAAUGGUCGAAGAUUUGAUGAUCACGUAGGCAUUUGUUCAAUAAAUUUAAUUGGAUAAAAGGUUCGGCUCCUUUCAAGUUGGCAUAUUGACUAAGGAAGCGGGGUCUGAAGAAGUGUGGAUCCCUAGGACUGAAACAGUGGUUCCAAAAUUAGAACGAGCCAGAGACAUCCAGAGAAGGAAAAGUUCUAGAAGAGACUUGCCUCUCCCCUGACCUGCAAAGGUGAGAGUGGCGCGUGCGAGCGGUGCCCUGAGUCCACAGCCGUGGAGGAGCUGAGCCCCGGGAGGGGGAGCUGCCGAAAAUACCUGUUCAGAGCUUUCGGAAUUACUGGACUCAGUUCCUCCAGGGAGACCCGGCAGAGGAGGUGGACAGAGCAGAACCUCAAUUAACCAUCAAUUAACCAUCAAUUAACCUGUAAUUGUCAGGUGGUGAUACAGGCGCUGAAGACCAGGAGCAUCACCUGCGGAGCUGCUGUGCAUAUGGGCUGCUAACUUUCUGGUUUAUCGCUUAGGUUUAUGAUUGCCCCCUUCUUAGAAAUGCCCUUUGCUAAUGGGAUCCACCUCCCUAGAGAAUUACACAGGCGGUUACGCUCACCCCCAACAGUCGUGCGCCCACGGAUAGAGUAUAACAGACUCCCCACUGGCUCAGAGGAGAACAAGGACUGUUGAUGCUCCAGAGCUCCUUGUGGGACCAGGCCCAGGCUGGACCCCCAAUCAAACCCAGCUUCCCCCCGAGAGCACACUCCCUCAAUAAAUCCCUUGCACAAAAAUCCCAA